UACAUCCACCAGCAGCGGAGAGACAAAACACAACAGGGCUGCAGUGGUCGCUCAGUCGGAUGCGUUAGAUGAUGGUGUGCGACCGGUUAAAAAUCAAUCAUUUUAUGUAAUAAAAUAACAGAAACGCAAGAUACAAAUACAGUUAUUGCUCAAGAUGUCCAGGUAAUUUAUCGGCAUGACAGCGGGGGUCUGCGCAUCUCUUGCGUCUUGAAAGAUUUCUUAAUCGUCACGUUUUCCUUGUGGUCACUGGCCCCGCCCUUCUGGAAUAAUGAGCUCCUCCCCUCACAUGUCCCGUUCCUCUGUUGACAUCCUGGAUGAGCUGCAGCUCAUCACGGCCCAGAACCUGGAGAAGCUGGACAUCAAUAAAUACUAUGAGGUCAUCAGGGAGCUCGGCAAAGGCACCUACGGCAAGGUUGACCUUGUCGUCCACAAGAUCAGAGGCACAAAAAUGGCCCUAAAAUUCCUGAGGAAAAAAACUACCAAGCUGAAGAGUUUUCUUCGGGAGUACAGCAUCUCACUCUACCUGUCACCCUGUCCUUUCAUCAUCAACAUGUUUGGCAUAUUCUUUGAAACGGACGAAUACUACAUCUUCGCUCAAGAGCACGCGCUGGCAGGUGAUCUCUUCGACAUCAUUCCUCCCCAGGUUGGUCUGCCUGAGAGCGUGGCCAAACGUUGUGUGCACCAGGUGGCAAUUGCAUUGGAUUACCUGCACUGCAAAAAGCUGGUACACCGUGACAUAAAGCCAGAGAACGUCCUUAUCUUUGACAAAGAGUGCCGAAAGGUAAAACUGUCAGACUUUGGUAUGACGCGGCGUGCUGGUUCACUGGUGAAGCGGGUCAGCGGAACCAUCCCGUACACGGCGCCAGAACUGUGCGACCCCAGUCGCCAAGAGGGUCUGUGUGUGGACUACAGCACUGAUGUCUGGGCCUUCGGUGUGCUUCUUUUCUGCAUGCUGACCGGCAACUUCCCCUGGGAAAAGGCAUUGCCGUCCGAUGGCUUUUAUGAGGAGUUUGAGCGCUGGCAGCAAAGGCGGAGACAGACGAGCACCGUGCCGUCACAGUGGCGGCGUUUCACGGAUGAUGCGCUUCGCAUGUUCCGGCGGCUUUUGUCCAUCGAGCAGGAUCGCAGAUGCUCAGUCAAGGAGGUCUUUAGCUACUUUAACCACUGCUGGAUGCUUGAUGGAAACGGAAACAUGCCUCAUCCCUCCUGCAGCAACGGCAACAGCGGCACGAUAAUGAAUGGCCGUCAGGCUGAGCUCAGCUCCUCAUUCUCAGAAGAAGACGAGUUGGUGGACCGUUUAAAGCAGCAGAGCUUGUCGCCAGUCUGCGGGGUAGCUAAAGGGGGUAUCGUCGUGGAGCCGGUGACAGCGCACUACUCUUCAACAUCCACAAACAGCCCUCCUUCCUCCACUGGCGGCUAUGAGCGUGUGUCCCGAGACAACAACGGCAACAGUGGUCGCAUCCUAGUUACGACGCCAAUUGAAAUAUGUGUGUAGAGGCCACUGACAUUAAUCUAUCUUGCACAUAUACUUGGGAUGACUAGAUGAUAGUAAGGACUUGUGAGGAUAGUAAGUACUCAAGUCCUUUAGGAGCGAAUGCAUCAGAAAAAGGAUGUAGCUGGUGUUCGGCACAAGUGCUCCAGGAGCAUCCCAGUGGAGUUGAAACUGUUGAUGAGUGUUUCUGAGGAAAUGUCUAGGACAAUCGCUGAGGUCUGCGGAUUGUGUCUUGGCUACUUUAUUUCCACAAUAAAUCAGUCUUAGGAAUUAGGAAAGCAACCUCUUCUGUGAAAACAGCAAGCAAUAUGUUGAAGGUGGUAUGAAGGUUUCCUCAAAAAUGAUUAAACUCCGGAAGGGAUUUCAAAAACAAGGGACGUUUUUAAGAUGUGCAACAGCUAAUUUAUUUGCCAAUAAAAUAGUGUAAAAUAAUUUACGUAGAGAUCAGUUUUGAAAGCAGUGUGAACUGUGUUGGUAUUUUUUGUGCUUGUGUAUCCAUAUGGUCAGUGGAUAUGAAAUUGGAAGCUUGUGUUACUUGACAAGUGUGUUGUGUUAUUUAUUUUAUCCCGUACCCCUGAACUUUUUGUUAUUUAUUUUAUAUUGUAGCAUUGUAAGGAAUUAUCAUUCGCAGAAAACUUUUGCAUUGUCAAAACUCACAAAACCAAACCACGUCACCUUAUUCCAGAAGGACUGUUAGUAUGUUUCGAAUGCUAGAUGCAUAUCAUUCUCUCAUCUGUGUCUCUUUGAAAAAAGCUCUUUGCAGGUGGUUGUAGCGCUAAAUAUGAGAGCGAUUUCAUCAUGAUGGCUCCCAGAAGCACAGUUCAAAAACCAUUCUGUCAUUGUGUGUUGAUAAGAAGUACAGUAAGACACGUCUACAGUAUGUGUUCAUUUUAAAGAUAAGUUGUCAUAUUUUGAGUGUUUGCUCAUUUGUAUCAUCACUGAGAUGUUCCUGUUUGCAACUGGACUAGGAUUUGGCUAAAAUUUAGACUAAUCCACUCCAAAUCAAGAUGUUUAUUAGAUACUCUUAAAUUAUAGUCCUUUCCAGAUGUUGCUCUUUAACAGAUGUCUUGGUGACAUAGUUUGGAGAUUUCUCAGGUAUACCAGUCACUGUGUCAUGUUGACGUAAAAAUUCACCAUAUUUACUUUGCUAAUAUACAUUCCUGGUCUUACGCCACACGACGUAUCAGUGCACAUUACUCCAAAUUUUCUUCAUUGUAAUUUUAAAAUGAUUUCAUGACCUUUUUAUGAUCCAAUCAACUCCAACGUUUUUUCUCUCAUUGCGGACCCUGUUUCACUGUUGAAAAUGCAUCACGUAAUGAAAGUCAAAUGGGUUGAGCAUUCCAUGUUGACUUUAAUAUACCAAGUUUAUUGCUCAGUUGAGAUGUGGCGAAUUUGUGGAUUUGCAGAUAAAUGAAAAUGUCAUGUUGAUAUCUUCCAAAACUAAAGAAAUUGAAAGUCUAAAGAAAGUGCUGCACUGGACCAGACAGUGAUGGUUCCUCCAGUAAAUCUGCACAAGAUCCCUUUGUUUGGGCCUUUAAUUACAUCCAAAUUUUUUAUGACCUUUUAUGAAAUUUUGAGAUUUGUUCAAUCUUCUACUGUUUGUUUAAAGGAAGGUAGCAAAAUAAUUUAAUUUAAUUCUUGAAUAGUUUGGUUCUUGUGUUAUUGGGAAGCAGAAAAUGGUGCAGACAAUUGCUUAAAAGUGCACUUGAAGUUGGCAUGGAUGUAACAAGACUUAUGAUAAAGCAGAUGGUAUCUAUGCUACUUUUUAGAGUUGUGACAAUUAUUGUGUGGUAAUAUUGUAAAGUAGCACAAGUUUGUACAAUUUGAUAUAAUUCUCAGUGUAGUCAAAAACAGUCAACAUGUCAACAAUGGAGGCAACAGUCGCUUUUACAUAGCUCAUCUGCUGGAUCUCAUGUUGCAGACAAACAGUACGUAACUUACUGAAGAGACAAUAACUCGUGGUUCACGUUCAGCGUUACACAAAGAGACAUAUUAACUCUGCAGAAAUGAAUGAAGAAACAAUGAAAAUCUUUCUUCAAGUGGACAAAGCAAAGAAAAAAUGUGUGUUGUGUUUUCCAGAAAAAAAGUUGCAUGAAUCAAUAUUGCUCUGGAGAAACAUUGUAGAAAUAAAGUUUUGAA